AACAUGUCAUGCAAGUUGUCACUGCAAGAAGAAAAUGUAUUGAAGUUAAAGUAACAAAAUAUGGUAAAUAACAGUAGGUGUGUUAAAUAAUUAAAACCUUGACAACCGAUAUAUGUCAAAAAGGAAUUAAAAAAAUUAGAAAAGAUAUGAGAAGUUGAAGAUAUUGAAACAUACGAUGUUGCUCAAGUAUCAAACCUUGGCCAUUUUUCUCUGUCUUGGUGUUUACUUUACGCAUGCGCAGUCAACCUCAACACCAAGCACAAUUCCUGGACGUGUGUUUGAGAUGGAAAAGGAGGAUUUGAUCUUGCUAAAUGUUGCUGCAAAGGGGCGCGUUGUGGAGCUGUUAGCCAAUGAACUUGCACGAACCGAGAUCAUCCGGGCACUUCUUGUGGAGUAUGGGCGGGAAUGUGUGGAGAACGUGACAUUGCUGGAGAAACAUUGCCUUGAUUGUAUGAUGGACAGAUGCAGUAACAGAAUGUCCGAGUGUCACAUUGAUGGUCCCCCGUUAUCAGAGGUCAUCAACCAUAGCCCGAGUCCUAUCCAGGGACUACAGUUCUUGUCAAAGUCACCCAGAGUUGUGGACGAGGGAAUGAAGAAUUUUGCUAAUAAAGCUCGCACAGAUAUAUUAAAAGACGUUCCGGAAACACUACGAGAACAAAGUGAGGCAAUAAUGCACUCAGAAGUAGACCAGAGUUUACAAGAUCUUAAUGAAAACAUGAACACAGAACGAGCGUUACAAAAGCUCAGUUUGCACGUGCAAAAGGCGGCUGAAAAUGUAAACAAGCUCCCGGACGUUGGUGAUAAACUUGGUACUAUUAUCGUAGAAAAUGAAGAUCACGCGAUCAACUUAGCAGAGUUACUUGCAAGGAGGCUGAAGAGUUCUCGCCCUUUCUUGGAAUCCAUCAACCAUAACGGUGCACGUGUCAUCGAGCAAAUGCCGUCAGUACUCGAUAAAGUUGGGGAACGUGUUCAAGUGUUCAAACAGAAAGUAUCUGGCGUUUUUAACAAAGUUCUCGAUACCUUCCACAGAGUCAUGGAGGACCCUGAAACUCCAGUGGUGAACGGAAACCUUCAGCAGCAGAAUGGAAUAGGGCAAGGUUUUAACAAUCGAGGACCAACAGGCAUGCCGGGUGUGAAUGGCAUCCAGUUCCCUAGGCAACAAGGUCAAUUUAGAGGUCCAUUUCCCCCGAGACAACAAUUCCAAAAUCAGCAAUUUCAACAGCCACAGUUCCCCAAUGGUCCUGGUGGUCAAUGGCCAAAUGUAGCUACCAAACAGCAAGCGCUGCAGAAACUUGCAUUUAAUCAAGGGCAAACAAGACAAAAUCCACAAUUUAACCAAAUCCGGCUUCCUCCAACUCCACAAAAUAUGAAUCCAGCAUUUAGAAACGCUCAGGAUCUUUCACAACUACAGUCUAACCAGAUCCCUGGAAGUAUCGCCGCAACUGUUCCAAGUCCCGGUCAGAUGUCACCAGGCAGGCGUCGCAGACACACAGAUCCUGACUGCAAGCGCCUAAAGGAUGACCCAGACACGUACUGCCGAACGUACGAGUCGCUUUGUCACAACUGUACCUUAGAGAAACGGCUACGAUUUGAAGUUUGUGGUGAGGGUGUAGAGAAAGCGCGUGAUGAAAUAAAGAGAAUGGACAAAUCUGUGGAGAGCUACCUUAAAGCGUAUGAAGACUAUAUUGCUGGCGGUAAUCUUGUUCUAAAGAUUGAACUGAACACGACGAACCGCCUCCAUAAGACAAACUCGUUUUAUGACGCUUUCAUAACUGCUAAAAUUGGACCGUCAAUAUUCCGAUACGUUACAAAAAUGAUUUUGAAUAUCAACGACAUAAGGUCAACAGGAUUACAAAUCGGUGAUGAAUUGUGGGAAAAACUCUGGGAAAAUGAUGUUUUUGUUGAAGCAAGAAAACCAGAAAUUGUGCCAGAAACUUUUAAUAUCAUGGGACAAGUUCACAUUGAAGAAGUUCACAAAGCGCAUGCUCACAGAGACCAAACCGGAAGUGCUUCAUACGCACGUGCAGGAUGGACUUGUUUCGUUUCAGCUGUAUCUGCAUUAAUUCUUGUGAUUUUGUAG